CACCUUAAAUAUCAACCUUGCGAAUAGACGUAAUGAAAAUGCUGAAAUAGAAUAUAAAUCAAAUGAUGUUUUAGAAGAUCGCCAUGAUGAUAAAGAUACAAAGUGGAUGGAUUCGAAACCUGCCUUUUUUAAUCCACCUACACCAUAUCAAAUAGAAAGUUAUCAUAAGUUUAUAACGGAUGUUUCAUCACCAUAUUCCAAUUCAAUGAACACAACAGAAUAUUUGAAUAAUUCGGAUGAUGAAAAAUUUUCAAGUGUAAAUAAUAGUCCAUUUUCAAAUUACACGACGAAUAGUUAUUUUAAUUAUCCGCGUAAUUCUUACUCUCAAAGUCCUUACCUACAAAAAAAUCCAUACAGUAAUGAUGAGAAAGAGCCUUCAGAUCAUGAAUCUUCCGAUGAUCAGGAUGAUUAUUUUUCAAGAAAACGGUCAAAUUGUUCUUCUCAAUCAUCUUCAUCAUCUGUAUCGACCUGUUAUGGAAUCGGUGAUUUGGUCAUGACUCCAUUACCAAGUGAAACGAUUUAUGAUAAAAAAGAUGAGGGAUAUGAAUUUAUCAAUGAAGAUGAUAUUGAGUAUAUCGAACAAGAAAAAUUGAAUCGAAAAUUUUUGAAACGAAGUAAAUCAAGCAAAUCGAGUAAAUCAAGUACAAAAUCUACUAGCAGCCAAAUUAGUCAUAGAUCAUUGAAAAGCAUUAGAACUAUAAAUAAAUUAUCUCUAAAGUUGAACAAAAAUAAAUUAUCAUCAUCAACGACAAAAGACUCAAUUGGAACUAUAAAUUUUGAAGAAUUCAUCGGUUCUUUGGAUAUUUCUGAAGAUUUGGAAGAUAGAUUACAAUGGUUAUUUCGAUUUUAUGAUAAUGACGGAGAUGGUUUUAUCACACGCAACGAAAUGCUUCAAAUUAUGCAUUGCAUUUUAUGA